CUUUCCUUCAACGUUCAGUACGAAUUAGGAAUCCUCAGAAGAACAUUAUUCGUUCUUUACCAUCUUUUGAUACACGUUUUUUUUAAUAAAAAAUGCAAUCUUUUGCAUAUCGAGGAAAGUUGGGAAUUUUGAUUUCCAUUUUGUUAGUUAUCACACUUACGGGCACUCACUCUCAAGACCACGACAAUGAACUGGUUCUGGACGUUGAGGAGCAUGCCGUCCAUCCCUGGGGUGCUUCCAUCGCUACUCACGAGUUCUAUUUUUUCUACCACGCCAACGUCUCCAGGGAAGCUUUACCGGAUAACACCAUACUGUAUUUGGAGGCCUUUGGAGUGCGGGAGCGUUUAACAGCCACGAACGCAUCUGGAGUUUGGGCUGCUUUCCAUGAACGCCAUUCCUCUGACAAAUGCCACUUUACGACAACAACUGCGGAAACCCCGUCAACGACCGUCGAAACCCCUUCAACGGCGGUCGAAACCUCGAUAACGACUGCUACAGAAGCGCUCACCGAUGUUACUGAUAUUCCGACGACUGUUACAACUGAGGAACCCUGCGUGACGAAAGAUUUUCCAUUCAUUUCAUUCACCACCAACACUAACGAAGCCUUGUCACUGGAAUCAUUUUCCAUGAUUUACUUUGUCCAGACUAUUCCGCGGAUUCUUCGACCAAUGAUUCUCUUCAAUGUGACAACUUCUUCAGUCUCCGAUGAGCACCAAUCCUAUGUCAUUCCAGAGGUUUGCGACAGCACCACAAUUAUCCAAAACUUUUGGAUGGAAUGUGUCAUUUACCUGAAUAAAUUUAGCCUUCCAGAAGACGCUACAAUUACUAAGAUCGCUGUCCAGUUUCAAUCCAUUGAAGAAGGUGACAUAAUUCUAGUAGACAAACUGACUAUGAAAACCAAAGGACAUCUUCAAACCAGUCCAACGACUACGACAACGACUACGACCACGACCACUCCGUCUCCUGACACUACUUCCUCUGACUCGAGUAGUAGUAGUAAUAGUAGCAGUACCCCACUCGUGUCCACCCCCUUUUCAGAGAGUACAAGCACGUGGACCCCUUCAACCACUGACUACACGCAUGGUUCCGGAAGUUGGGCUCGUGCCAACCCUAGCUUUAUUUCCAUGUUAAUAAUUUGUACAGUGAUUGCAAUUCAAUUGACGCAAGAGCUUACGGUUGAGGCAUGAUUUUAUUUUUUCGCCUUUAGUUAUUGCAAGAACAAAACAUCAUGUAACGUUAUUUAAUUAAACACUUGUUCUUAAUGACUAGUUUCAUUUUAUGAAAAAUUAGAACAUUUCGGUAUACAUGUUAUUACUUAUUAGACUUUGUGGAUUAAAACAUUUAAAUUGAAGUAGCGCAUUAAUGGCAUUGUGUAGCAAAUAUUUACCAAAAUCUAACGAGUUAUUGCAGUAAAUAUUAACAAACAUCACGCAUUGGUUACAAAUAUAACACAGAAAAAAUUCUACCUAAAAAAUAUACGAUACGUUGUAAAAGAGUCUGGAUGAGAUUUGGGUUGAUUUAUUUUUUUUUAAUUUACACAUAGCAAUAAUAUUCCAAAAUUAUGAAUGAUUUUCGAGUAUCAUCACAGGCAAAUCAAUGUUGGAAUAUGUAAAUCAGUGCAGAAUUUGUGGCAAACAAUAAAUAAACCACUGAGAUAAGAUAUCGAAGAAAAUUCGUUAUAAAAACACAAGUUUUACAUCACACAAGUACGAAAAAAUCAGGCCUAAAAAUUUCGUAUACAGUUCAUCGCUAAAAAAUUAACAAAGGAAAUGCAGUCAGUAAAGACAGGAAUUUUGUGAACACAGUUGCGUAAGAA